AUGAACUGGAUUGCAAGGCAACCUCUUGGUAACGACAUCAAAGCUUCCUACAAGGACGGUCCUGCUGAGCACAUCAACCCAGUUACUAAAUAUGUCCUUCCUCUAGAGAGUUGGAACACUGCUCAAAAGAAACGUUCUCAAGUUGACAAUCUUGCCAUAUCCUAUCUCUAUCUUGCUCUUCCAAAUAAUAUUAACUGCAACGUUGACUCUUAUGAAACUGGGAAAGAUAUUUGUGAUGAAAUUGAGAGACAACUGCAAGGUUCUGAGGUAUCUUCCACCAUCAGAUUAUCUAAUGUCCUUGAUCUAUAUGAGACAUUUAAACAAGAGGAAGGUGAAUCGUUGGAAGAGGUGUAUACACGUUUCUGUACUGUGAUCAAUGAGUUGCGAAAAGAGAAGGUUAAGAAGACUGAGAUGGAACUGAAUAUCAAGUAUCUAAGACAGCUUGAUGAAGUGUGGCAGCCUUAUGGUACUCAGCUUAAUCAACAACUAAACUUUGGCAAACUCACAAUUCGUACUUUGUACGAGAAAUUGAAGCUGAAUAUCAGAGCAGUUCAAAAGAAACAAAUGAAGAUAAUCGCCGUUAAAUGUUUGGUUAAGCCAGAUUUACUUUACUAUCUGCUGAUGAUCUUAUCUUCAUUCUCCAUCACUUUGCCAGAAAGCUUAUUCAACCUAAUCCAGAAAAUCAAGAGGCCUAUUAUGCUGUGA